AUGGCUGACAAUGAGCGCCAGUUGGCCGGUGAGGGAUUGACAUGGCGACCUAGCCUAGCGGACCAGGGCGAGAGCCCCGAACCGCACGAGCACUGGUACAUGCAGGCUAUUCCCGAUGAAAUUGAAAAUUCAGACUGGAAUGGGGAAUUUGGUCGAUACGGAUAA